CGGUACCAGUGCUUUCAAUGUCUCCCCUGCUGCAACUUUUGCUGGAGAGACAUCAUUUAAAUUCACGAACAAAACCCUAUAAUUCACCCAAACUAUAGCAGUAGAAGUAAUCAGUACUAGUAUUCUAGCUCAAAACCCAAUUUCCAGUUUCCACUUAACCCCACCAGCACACAAAAUUCUGUAGAAAUAAAUUGAGUCAUCAGUUUCCGUUCAAGAGUUCUUUUUUGGUUUUCUUCUCGUUUUUAUUUAUUUUGGAAAUUCAGAGCAAAUGGGCCGUUAUGAAAGGUCAAAAUCUGCAAUCUUGCUAGGGUUUUUGGUAUUGAACUUGACCCAAUUAGUGAUGGGUCGGUUCGUGGUGGAGAAGAACAGUUUGAGAGUGACGUCACCGGAUAGUAUCAAGGGUACUCAUGAUAGUGCCAUUGGGAACUUUGGGAUCCCUCAAUAUGGAGGGAGCAUGUCUGGGACUGUUGUUUAUCCAAAGGAGAAUCAAAAGGGUUGCAAAACUUUCAGUGAUUUUGGGUCUUCUUUUAAACCCAAGUCUGGAGCUAUGCCCAAUUUUCUUCUUGUUGAUCGAGGAGAUUGCUUAUUUGCUUUGAAGGUAUGGAAUGCCCAAAAUGCCGGUGCUUCUGCAGUACUAGUUGCAGAUGAGGUUGAUGAAGCACUAAUAACCAUGGAUUCACCUGAAGAGGAAAGAUCUUCUGCAAAGUAUAUUGAGAACAUAACGAUACCAUCUGCACUAAUUGAGAAAAGUUUUGGGGAAAAGCUAAAGAAGGCAAUAAGUGCAGGGGAGAUGGUAAGUGUAAAUCUUGAUUGGAGGGAAGCUGUCCCCCACCCAGAUGAUCGAGUGGAGUAUGAGCUGUGGACGAACAGCAAUGAUGAAUGUGGGUUCAAAUGUGAUAUGUUGAUGAAUUUUGUGAAAGAUUUCAAAGGUGCUGCACAGAUUCUUGAGAAAGGCGGCUAUACUCAAUUCACUCCUCAUUAUAUAACUUGGUACUGUCCUCAGGCAUUCACUGUAAGUAAACAGUGCAAGUCCCAGUGUAUUAACCAUGGGAGAUACUGUGCUCCAGAUCCUGAACAGGAUUUCAGCACAGGUUAUGAUGGAAAGGAUGUGGUCCUUGAGAAUUUGAGACAGUUGUGUGUUUUCAGAGUGGCUAAUGAGACCAAGAAGCCAUGGAUUUGGUGGGACUAUGUAACUGACUUCCAAAUUAGGUGUCCUAUGAAAGAAAAGAAAUACAAUAAGGAAUGUGCGGACAUGGUUAUUAAAUCUCUAGGACUUGAUUUGAAAAAGAUUGAGAAGUGUAUGGGAGACUCUGAUGCUGAUUCGGAUAAUUCUGUAUUAAAAGAAGAACAAGAAGCUCAAGUUGGGAAAGGAUCAAGAGGUGAUGUGACAAUUUUGCCUACGCUUGUUGUUAAUAACAGGCAGUACCGAGGCAAGCUGGCGAAAGGUGCUGUUUUGAAGGCUCUUUGUGCUGGUUUUGAAGAAACUACUGAGCCAGCUGUUUGUUUGAGUAAUGAUGUAGAGACAAAUGAGUGCUUGGAUAACAAUGGUGGCUGUUGGCAAGACAAAGCAGCUAAUCUUACAGCCUGCAAGGAUACAUUUCGAGGGAGAGUUUGUGAAUGCCCUGUGGUCAAUGGUGUGCAGUUUAGGGGGGAUGGUUACAGCUCCUGUGCAGCAACUGGGCCCGGGCGAUGCAAAAUUAACAAUGGAGGUUGUUGGCAGGAUACUCGAGAUGGACGCUCUUUCUCUGCUUGUAUGGAUCACGAAGGAGGAAAGUGUGCAUGUCCUCCAGGAUUUAAAGGCGAUGGCGUGAAAAGUUGUGAAGAUGUUGAUGAAUGCAAAGACAAGAAAGCCUGUCAGUGUGCUGAAUGUAGCUGCAAGAAUACCUGGGGAAGUUAUGAUUGUUCAUGUAGUGGGGAUCUGUUGUAUAUCAGGGACCAUGAUACUUGCAUAAGUAAGCGGGCUACUGAGGUCAAGUCUGGUUGGGCUGCUGUUUGGGUCAUUUUGAUAGGGCUGGGUAUGGCAGGUGGAGGAGGAUUCCUUGUCUACAAAUACAGAUGGAGGUCAUACAUGGAUUCGGAGAUAAGGGCUAUCAUGGCACAGUACAUGCCCCUGGACAGCCAAAAUGAGGUUCCAAAUCAUUUGAGUGAUGAUCGUGCUUGAAACAAACACGACUGAUAUUGCACGUAGAAAUUUCAGUUGCUGUGGAGAGUUGUACUUUUUUCUUUCUCGACCAGGGUUCUUGAAGGUAGACUUUGUAUCUGUGUAAAAUAUACUGGAGAAUAAUUUGUGGAAAUCAAAAUUAUCUAAAGGGCGAGUUCAUAUUGGUACAAGCUAAAGAGGGAAUGAUUAGGUCAUCUGCCUUGGUAGGGGACUUCAGUACUCUCAUCACCAACGUGACUUCUUGGUGCAAGAAGAGUCGAACAUUCUUAGUUACGGGUAAGAGUUAAAUUGUAGCAGAAUAUGAGAAUUUGUGUCGUUCUUCUUUGUUAUCUUGGUUGACUUUUUAGGGAUGGAGUAUGAUAUCUCAAUACUGAUAAUGUAUUUGCACUGCUAUUGGCUUUGACAUUGUACCUUUAUCUGGAAAGUUGUGAAAUUGUUGUAUCAAUAUGAUAAAAUUGAUCAUUGCUGAUGCUUGAAA